AGCUGUCACUGCUGACCGGACGUUACUUAAUUCCAUACCGGAAUCAAAAUCACGCUGCGUUCUCUCAGCCAUUUUUGUUAUUAGCUGCUCCAAACGUACCGUUUCUUCAUCCCUGUCAGUAUUUUCGAAGAUUUUAAACCAGCGGCAUCGCAGGGGAACUAGCCCUUGCAAACAUGUCUGACUUCAUUGAAAGUGAGGCUGAGGAGUCUGAGGAGGAGUUUGAGGAGAAGGACCUGAAACCCAAGAAGACACAGAGGUUUAUGGAGGAUGAUGAAGAUGAAGAAGAAGAGGAGAACACAGAAGAUCAGGAUGAGCAUGGAAACCUGAGAGGGCUCAUUGAUGAUGGCAGUGAUGAAGGAGAGGAAGAGGGAGAGGAAGAGGAGGAGGAGGAAAACAAAAGUGCAGGAGGAGACAGCGACUCUGGAGAGGAGGUCCGUCGCCGGCGCAGAAAGCGUGUUUUUGAUGAUGGCUUAGAUGAUGAUGAUCUGGACCUUAUUGAAGAGAACUUGGGGGUCAAAGUAAAGAGGAGGAAAAAGAAGUACUCACGAGUGAAAACGAUGGACGAUGAAGGUGAAGAUGAUGAAAAAGACCUAAUUGCAGAUGAGAUCUUUACUGGAGAUGGUGAUGGAGAGGGAGAAGAAGGAGAAGCUGUAGAACGGCGCCGUCCAGGAGAUGACGAAGAAGAGGAGGAGGAUGAGGAAUCAGACAUAGAUGAUUUCAUUGUGGAUGAUGAUGGACAGCCCAUUACGAAAAAGAAGGGGAAGAAAUUUACUGGAUACACUGAUGCUGCUUUACAAGAAGCUCAGGAGAUUUUUGGUGGCGACUUCGACUUUGCUGAAUUUGACACUGAGGCAUAUGAUCAUGCUGAGGAGGAGGAGGAGGACCAGGAUGAUGAAGCAUGGGAUCGACCAAAGAAGCAGACCAAGAGGAGAGUGGGCCGCCGCAGCAUCUUUGAAAUCUACGAGCCCAGUGAGCUAGAGAGCAGCCACAUGACUGACCAGGACAAUGAAAUACGUUCCACAGACAUGCCAGAGAGAUUCCAGUUACGUGCUAUACCUGUGAAACCUGCUGAGGAUGAUGAACUGGAAGAAGAGGCUGAAUGGAUCUAUAGAAAUGCGUUCUCCACCCCAACCAUCUCCAUGCAGGAAAGCGCAGACUACCUGGAUCGUGGGACCACCACUAACUUUAGCAGGAGAGGCCCCAGUACCAUUGCAAAGAUCAAAGAGGCCCUUAACUUCAUGAGGAACCAACACUUUGAGGUUCCGUUCAUUGCAUUCUACAGGAAGGAGUAUGUGGAACCAGAGCUCAACAUUAACGAUCUGUGGAAGGUGUGGCAGUGGGAUGAGAAGUGGACCCAGCUGAAAACACGUAAGCAGAACCUGACACGUCUUUUCCAGAGGAUGCAGUCAUAUCAGUUUGAGCAGAUCUCAGCUGACCCUGAUAAACCACUGGCUGAUGCUGUUCGUCCUUUGGACACUGCUGACAUGGAAAGGCUGAAAGAUGUCCAGUCUAUGGAUGAGCUCAGUGACGUCUACAACCACUUUCUGCUUUACUAUGGACGAGACAUCCCCAGGAUGCAGAAUGCAGCCAAAGCCACCAAGAAGAAACUGAAGAAGAUCAAGGAGGUGUCGGAGGAAGACGGUGAAGAAGCUGAGGUGGAAGAAGAGGAGGAGGAGGAGGAAGAGGAGCAAAAGGGACCAGAUCUUAAACAAGCCUCCCGCAGAGACAUGUACAGCAUCUGCCAGAGUGCUUGCCUUGAUGGACUGGCCAAGAAGUUUGGUCUCACUCCUGAGCAAUUUGGUGAAAACUUGCGUGACAGUUACCAGAGACACGAGACCGAACAGUUCCCUGCAGAGCCUUUAGAGCUGGCAAAGGACUAUGUAUGCAGCCAGUUUAACACACCAGAAGCUGUCUUGGAAGGCACACGCUACAUGGUUGCCAUGCAGAUUGCCCGUGAACCUCUUGUCAGGCAUGUGCUGAGACAAACCUUCCAGGAAAGGGCCAAAAUCAACAUUAAGCCCACUAAGAAGGGCAAGAAGGACGUUGACGAGGCACACUAUGCAUAUUCAUUCAAGUACUUAAAGAACAAGCCUGUGAAGGAGCUGAGUGGAGACCAGUUCUUGAAGAUGUGCUUGGCAGAGGAUGAAGGCCUACUCACUAUAGACAUCUGCAUUGACCUGGUUGGAGUUAAAGGGUAUGGGGGUGACCAGACCUACUUUGACGAGAUCAAGCAGUUCUACUACAGAGACGAGUUCAGUCACCAAGUGCAGGAGUGGAACAAGCAGCGAAUGUUGGCCAUAGAGCGUGCCCUCCAGCAGUUCCUCUAUCCUCAGAUGGCCAAGGAGCUAAAGAAUAAGCUCAUUGCUGAGGCCAAGGAGAACAUAGUCAAGUCUUGCUGCAGGAAACUGUAUAACUGGCUGAAGGUUGCGCCGUAUCGUCCAGACCAACAGAUAGAAGAGGAUGAUGACCUGAUGGAUGAGACUCAAGGCAAGGGCAUCCGUGUGCUGGGAGUGGCCUUCGCCUCUGGCAGAGACACUCCUGUGUUCUGUGCGCUCAUCAAUGGUGAAGGAGAGGUUGUGGAUUUCCUCCGGCUUCCUUAUUUCUUAAAGAGGAGGAAUGCAUGGAGAGAGGAAGAACGAGAGAAAAAGCUUCAAGACAUUGAAAACCUGAAGAAAUUUCUUCUUAGUAAGAAACCACAUGUUGUGGCUGUGGCUGGUGAAAAUCGGGAUGCUCACAUGCUGAUGGAGGACAUCAAGCGUACAGUUGCUGAGCUGGAGCAGGAUUCCUCUCUGCCUGCAGUGGGAGUUGAGCUUGUGGACAACGAGUUGGCUACACUGUACAUGAACAGCAAAAAGUCUGAGACGGACUUCAGGGACUACCCUCCCCUUCUUCGUCAGGCUGUGUCUGUAGCCCGUAAGAUUCAGGAUCCCCUGGUGGAGUUUGCCCAAGUGUGCAGCAGCGAUGAGGACAUCCUGUGCCUCAAACUGCAUCCACUACAGGAACAUGUGGUAAAGGAGGAAUUGCUGAGUGCUCUGUACUGUGAGUUCAUUAACCGGGUGAAUGAGGUUGGUGUGGAUGUGAAUCGAGCCAUUGCUCAUCCUUAUACACAGAGCCUGGUCCAGUACGUGUGCGGCUUGGGACCAAGGAAAGGUUCACAUCUGCUCAAGAUUCUGAAACAGAACAAUACUCGUCUGGAAAAUCGAACACAGUUGGUCACCAUGUGCCAUAUGGGACCCAAAGUGUUCAUCAACUGUGCUGGCUUUAUCAAGAUUGACACUGCUUCUCUCGGAGACAGCACUGACUCCUACAUCGAGGUUCUAGAUGGUUCUCGUGUGCAUCCUGAGACUUAUGAAUGGGCACGUAAAAUGGCAGUGGAUGCUCUGGAGUAUGAUGAGUCAGCAGAGGAUGCUAACCCUGCUGGAGCGUUAGAGGAGAUCCUGGAGAACCCAGAGAGGCUGAAAGACUUGGACCUGGAUGCUUUCGCUGAGGAGCUGGAGAGACAGGGUUAUGGCAACAAAGGAAUCACACUGUAUGACAUUCGUGCAGAGCUCAGCUGUAGGUAUAAAGACCUCCGAGCCCCAUACAGACCACCCAACACAGAGGAAGUCUUUAACAUGCUUACCAAAGAAACUCCAGAGACCUUCUACAUUGGUAAGCUGAUAACCAGUGUUGUAACGGGCAUCGCUCACAGAAGGCCACAGGGGGAGAGUUAUGACCAAGCAAUUCGUAAUGAUGAGACUGGACUGUGGCAAUGUCCUUUCUGUCAGCAGGACAACUUCCCUGAACUGAGCGAGGUUUGGAACCACUUUGACAGCGGCUCCUGUCCUGGCCAAGCUAUUGGUGUGCGAUCUCGUUUGGACAAUGGUGUCAUGGGUUUCAUCCCUACCAAGUUCCUUUCAGACAAGGUGGUUAAGCACCCUGAAGAGAGGGUAAAGGUUGGCAUGACUGUGCAUUGUCGUAUCAUGAAGAUCGACAUUGAGAAAUUCAACGUGGAUCUCACCUGUAGGACAUCUGACUUGGCUGACAAGAACAAUGAGUGGAAGCUUCCCAAGGAUACCUACUAUGACUUUGAUGCUGAAGCUGAGGAUGUCAAACACGAUGAGGAACAGAAGAAGAAACAGCAGAGAACCACUUAUAUCAAGAGAGUCAUUGCCCAUCCAUCGUUCCACAACAUCAACUUCAAACAGGCUGAGAAGAUGAUGGAAACAAUGGAUCAGGGUGAUGUGGUGAUCCGGCCUAGUAGUAAGGGAGAGAACCAUCUGACUGUCACCUGGAAGGUAGCAGAUGGAAUCUACCAGCACGUGGACGUCCGGGAAGAGGGAAAAGAGAAUGCUUUCAGUCUGGGGCACACACUGUGGAUCAACAAUGAAGAGUUUGAGGAUUUGGAUGAAAUCACAGCCCGUUAUGUGCAGCCCAUGGCAGCUUUUGCUCGGGAUUUGCUCGGCCACAAAUACUUCCAGGAAUGCAAUGGUGGUGACAGGAAGAAAAUGGAGGAGCUCCUAAUAAGGACCAAGAAAGAGAAGCCAACAUUCAUCCCCUACUUUGUGUCAGCCUGCAGAGAUCUGCCAGGAAAGUUCCUGCUGGGAUACCAGCCUAGAGGGAAGCCAAGGAUCGAGUAUGUCACCAUCACUCCAGAUGGUUUCAGGUACCGCUCCCAGAUAUUCCCCACAGUCAAUGGACUCUUCCGCUGGUUUAAGGACCAUUACCAGGAGCCUGUGCCAGGCGUUACGCCUAGCAGCAGUAGCAGAACACGAACACCGGCGUCUGUGAAUGCAACUCCAGCCAAUAUUAACAUUGCAGAUUUGACUCGAGCAGUCAACUCUCUGCCCAGGAACAUGACGUCCCAGAUGUUUAACGCCAUUGCAGCAGUAACGGGGCAGGGCCAGAAUCCCAACACUACUCCAGCCCAGUGGGCCUCCAGCCAGUAUGGAUAUAGUGGAGGCAGCAGUGCGGGAGGAGGAGGCAGUAGCAGCGCUUAUCACGUGUUUGCCACACCGCAGCAGCCUAUGGCCACGCCUAUGAUGACGCCAAGCUACUCGUACACCACCCCAGGCCAGCAGCAGGCUAUGACCACACCACAGUAUACUAGCAGCACGCCGCAGUCCUCCCACGGACACCACCAGCACCCUUCUUCCACGCCGUCCUCAUCCUCAUCCAGGGUUCGGACACCACAGCCUAAAACAAGCACCCACACCGCUGUGGAUUGGGGUAAAAUGGCUGAGCAGUGGCUGCAGGAGAAGGAGGCAGAGAGACGGAGACAGAAGACCCCUCGAAUGACGCCCCGCCCAUCACCCAGCCCCAUGAUUGAGAGCACGCCCAUGUCCAUUGCUGGAGAUGCCACACCCCUGCUGGAUGAGAUGGACCGAUAAGAAUGGACAGGAGGCAUCCACAUGUCACCCACCCCCUAAUGUCCCCUUUCCCAAACAUACACAGACACAAACACCAAAAAAAGGAAAAAAACCUCUUCAUCACCAUGUGUUUAUCAUCUUAUGCUCUCUCUAUUGCACACAUUUCCACUGCUCAAAGUAUUUCAUUUUGAGAAAAUGGGUCAUUGAGUGAUAAUGAUGUGAGACAGACUCGAGAAAUGAGCAGAUGACAAACUGAUUCAGGAAAUGGACCUGUGGAGAAGUUUGUCGCAAAACAUUUUUCUUUAUUUUCUUUUUAGAAACAAGCGCAAUCAAGCACCGUCUUUCCUUUUUUCUUUGGUUUUAACAAGAAUUAAACAUUAAGACGAGACUCUGAAUAAAAACACGAAUGGCGGAUGGUUUCUGUUGCGUUGCCGAUGGUGUUGAAGUUUUGUAAGCUGGCCCAUUCCAACCCGUACCUGUAUUAAAAGUGGAUAUGAAUGGGAGGCCACCACAUGCUUCACAAAAUAGAGACCUGUUCUUUUGUAUUCAUCUAUCAUAAUAAAUAAAACUGAAUUUCAGUAUGAACUACUACACUGCAAUGCACACAUCUUGUAUAAUAUGCUCUGCAUCACCUGUCAGUUUGUCACUGCACUCAAAAAGCAGUUACACCCCUUUGAAGAUUCAUCUCAUGUUAUAGUGUGCUAUAUUCAUUUUAAUGAAUUUUACAUAUGCAUAAAAUAGGAGUAUUAGGUUUAAAGGAAUAGCUGUCUUUAGAUGGUAAGAAAUUCAGAGAGUCUAACAGAAAAAUCUCAUCCAAGGCAGUUUUUAGCAGAAACCAUUCAAUAUCAGAAGCUCUCUGUACAUUUCUAGUUUUGAUGUCAUUUUCAUUAAUCUCUGCUUGAGUUUGAUGUUUCUGUGUUUCUGAUGUGGGCAAAUAUUUAGAGGCCAUCAUUGGAACCUCCCCUUUAAAUUUGAUAUGAAUUAGCAUUUCUUCAAAUUUCUGUUUUUUUGUUUUUUUUUGUUUUUUUUUCCCCCCUCCUUAUUGUUCAAAUGUGGUUGGCUUCAGCUGAGCUACGUAUUUACAUUUUGGUCAUGAGCAAUGUUUACUUGUGACCAUGCACCUUGCUUUCUUUGUUUGUGGCACAAGCAUAUUUUUAUUUUUACUGUAGUUCUGUAUUAGUUCAUGCCUCCUCUCCUAGCUAACACCAUACACUGCCAUAAAUGCAAGUUCUUGCAGUUGAGUGUAAACAGAAUGUGUCCUGUUGUGACCUGAAGUUCUUUAUAUACUGUGACAGUCUUCAGUCCUCAUGUUGAAAACUUAGUUAUGUUAAUGCUACUUAUGGUGAAAAGGCCUUUUAUAGUUUGUUUUUAGCAUUUUUCCCCCUGAGCUGACAAGUAGCCUAGUCAUUCCUUUAUCUUGUAUUGUUGAAUUCUGGGAAAUGUAUACUUGCCCACUCAUGUUUUGUACAGGGGUCGUACCAUGCAGCUAUAGUGUGACCUUGAUGGCGGGAAGUGAAUGCAAAAGAAUGUGACUGCUGUUCAGUGUAAUUUACUGCUGAGAUCACUUUCAUUUUUUUCCUUUGAUAAAAUUCUCAAACGUAAAAUGGUGA